AACCUCUGCCGUUUACAGUUUUCCGAAUCACAAGUUUUUUUUACUACAUAAACCCACUUUAUCCCUCUGCCGAUUUCCUCACAGAAAACACCUCCUAAAAAACGAACACCAACUGUUUGUUUUUUGCCCCAGCUAACCUUUCUAUAUUCAGCAAAAGCCUAUCAUUGUAUCACCCUUUUUGCCUUAUAUAACUCCACCCCACAUCACUAUAUAGCAAACAAACCACUGGGUUUUGUUUCAUUUGUUUUAUUUCAUUCCAAAAACAAUGGAAAUCUCACAAAAUUCCGAUACCGAUCAUCGGAAAUUCGCUCUUCCGGUUGACUCCGAACACAAAGCAACCGAAUUCCGGUUGUUUUCGAUCGCUACGCCUCACAUGAGAGCCUUCCAUCUCUCCUGGAUAUCUUUCUUUGCAUGUUUCGUUUCGACUUUCGCAGCUCCCCCACUCCUCCCAAUUAUCCGAGACAAUCUCAAUCUAACCGCUACCGACAUCGGUAAUGCUGGGAUUGCAGCCGUUUCGGGUGCGGUUUUCGCUCGUGUAGCGAUGGGGACCGCUUGUGACCUCUUCGGUCCACGCCUAGCCUCAUCCUCCCUCAUCCUCCUCACCGCUCCAGCCGUCUACCUUAGCGCAAUCGCUAACUCCCCAUCCGCGUUCCUAAUGGUCCGGUUUUUCACUGGAUUCUCAUUAGCCACGUUCGUUUCGACCCAAUUCUGGAUGAGCUCAAUGUUCUCACCGAACGUUGUUGGAACCGCGAACGGGCUCUCCGGUGGGUGGGGCAACCUCGGUGGAGGCGCGACACAGCUGAUCAUGCCACUAGUAUACUCUCUAAUCCACGACAACAUUGGUUCAACCAAAUUCACUGCUUGGAGAAUAGCGUUUUUUAUUCCGGCUUUUUUUCAAACACUUAGCGCGUACGCCAUAUUUUUUCUAGGACAAGACAUGCCUGACGGAAACUACGUCCGACUCGAAAAAUCCGGUGAGAAACACAAAGACAGCUUCUCGCAGGUCUUCUAUCACGCGAUUACAAAUUACAGAGGAUGGAUUUUGGCGUUGACUUACGGGUACUGUUUCGGGGUGGAACUAACGAUUGAUAAUAUUAUCGCACAGUAUUUUUACGACAGGUUUAAUGUUAACUUGCAUACUGCGGGGAUAAUUGCUGCGAGUUUUGGGUUGGCGAAUUUGUUUUCGAGGCCUGGAGGUGGGAUAUUGUCGGAUUGGGUGGCGAAGAGGUUCGGGAUGAGGGGGAGAUUGUGGACGUUGUGGGUGGUUCAGAUGAUUGGUGGGUUGUUGUGUUUGUUGUUGGGGAAGAUUGGUUCGUUGAGUGGUUCGGUUGCUGUGAUGCUUGUGUUUUCUGUUUUUGUUCAAGCAGCUUGUGGUCUUACGUUUGGUGUUGUGCCGUUUGUUUCCCGAAGGUCAUUAGGGGUGAUAUCGGGGAUGACUGGUGGUGGAGGAAACGUAGGGGCCGUUUUGACACAAGUGAUAUUCUUCAGGGGGUCAAGAUACUCAACAGAAGAAGGUAUUUCUCUAAUGGGAGUAAUGAUCAUGUGUUGCACCCUUGUAAUUCUUUUCAUAUACUUCCCUCAAUGGGGUGGUUUAUUUUGUGGGCCGAAAAAAGGAGUAACCGAGGAAGAUUAUUAUUUGGCCGAAUGGACCGCGGCUGAAAAAGAACAAGGAUUUCACAAAAUGAGUAUGAAAUUUUCGGAAAAUAGUCGAAGGGAAAGAGGGAAAAAAGGUGCAUCUGUUCCGGUUCUAUCUGACAAAGAUACCCCUCCAACUAUCGUAUAAUUGUAUGUCGCACACUUUUCUAGUUCUAUGUUUGGUGAAGAAUGUUAAGAAAGGUGCUUUUGGUGUGUUAUCAUGGUGAAACUUUGAUGGUUACUUGUACUUUAUGGGGGUCAAAGAUGUAUAUUGUUGUGGGUUGGAACUAUUUUGUGACUUUGUGUAUGUAGUAGGUCAUGUUUUGAUGCAUCAUGAUUCAUGUUUUGUGACUUUGUGUAUGUAUUUGUGGGUUUUUUCUCAAACAUGAUCUAUACUUGUAUCUUUAUUUAUGUUUGUACCAUUGAAUAUUGGUGCUAUUUCUUUUUGACU